CGAAACGGUUAUCGAUUCACUUGCAUCGCUAUCAGCUGGUGGACGUUUUUUUUGCCAUCGUGAGCAAAACUUUCGAGUUGCUUUUCCCGAAUAAUAAUAAAGAAUCGUAAGACUGACGCCCAGACUUUGAAGAGCAAGCACAAGAAGCAGAGGCAACGCAAUCGACCGCGCAACAAACGAAAUCGCCAGGAAGACAGCCAACCAACGACCCAAGAAACCUCAGUCAACGUCGCCGCGAGUGCAAUGCCCGGAAAUGCAGUGGAUGCAGUGGCCACGGAGAAGACUCGUGACCAGAUAAUGGCCGAGCGGGAGGCGAAGAAGCUGGCCAAGCAGGCCAAGAAACACAAAACUGCACCGACUCCUACUGCCGCCACUCCUGCUGUUCUGACCACUCCGGCUGCUCCGGCCACCAAAAUCAUCACUGAGGUGGAGCAGACGACCAUAACCACCAAGCUGACAACCACCACCACAACAAAGGUGCAGGAUGCAGUGGCUUCAAAGACGACUCAGCCAGCUGCGGUAAAUGGCAAGGAUGUGGAGGCGGGGGAAAAGACACGCGAGCAGAUCAAGGCGGAACGCGAGGCCAAGAAGGCAGCCAAGAAAGCUGGCAAAGGCGGAGGAGCCAAGGUAGAGGGCAUCACACAACAGCUCGCUGACCUGAAAGUUGCAGAAAAAGCUCCAGUCGCAGCCAGUGCUGCACCUUCGACAACAGAAGCGGACCAGGAAAAGAAGAAGCCAGCACUUAGCAAAGCGGAGCGUCGCGCUAUCCAGGAAGCCCAACGGGCAGCCAAGGCCCAGGUACAGACUAAAAAGGCCCAGUCUGCAGCCAAGGCUCCACCCAGCUCAGCUCCCAAAGAGCCGAAGCUGAAGAGCGUUUCCCCCACCAAAGCGGCCACAAUCAGUUCCCCCGGCAAAUGUCCAGCCAGCACGCCCAAUGUAGACUGCCGGGUGAAGCUGUUCAACCACCUGGUGUGUGCCAAGGAAGACAGCCAGUUCAUCAACGAUCCACUCGUUCAUCCGAGCAUUGCGCGCUUGGGUGUCCAGUACGCCAAGCGCACAGUGGUCGGAUCCAAUGCUCGAUGCAUUGCCUUCCUGCACGCCCUGCGCCAGGUUGUCUACGACUUCGAGACGCCCGCCAAGAAGGAGUUUGGUCGCAGCCUAGACGCCGCCGUGAAGCACCACGUAGACCACCUGCACAAGUGCCGACCGCUGGCUGUGUCCGUGUCCAAUGCGUACAAACAAUUCAAGAACCAACUGACACAGCUGCCGGCGGAUGUUCCCGAAACGGAGUUGAAGGAGCUGCUCGUCCACUUCAUCGAUACUUACAUUGAAAAUCAAAUCGGCAAGGCGGCCCAAGCGAUCAGCGGGUUCCUGCAGGAGAAGAUCACCGAUGGCGACGUGCUGCUGACCUUCGCCUGUUCCUCCCUCAUUCAGUUCAUCUGCGAGGAGGCCAAGCGGCGUCAGGUGGCCUUCCGCGUGAUUGUCGUCGAUUCGCGACCCGGAUGCGAAGGCCAGGAGCUGCUGCGCCGACUGCACGCCACCGGGAUUCCGUGCACCUACGUGCUGAUCAACGCCGUGGGCUAUGUGAUGGCGGAGGCCACGAAGGUGCUGCUGGGAGCCCACGCCCUGCUGGCCAACGGAUACGUGAUGGCGCGCACGGGCACCGCCCAGGUGGCCCUGGUGGCCAAUGCCCACAACGUGCCGGUGCUCGUGUGCUGCGAGACGCACAAGUUCAGCGAACGCUUCCAGACGGACGCCAUCGUCUACAACGAGCUGAGCGAUCCCAACCAACUGGUGCGCGGCGACAAGUGCCAGCUAAGCAACUGGGCGGCCAAGGGGAAGCUGUUGCCGCUCAACCUGAGCUACGACAUUACUCCGCCGGAGCUGGUGAGUGCCGUGGUCACCGAGGUGGCCAUCCUGCCCUGCACCAGUGUGCCCGUCAUACUCCGCAUCAAGCCAGACAUUGGCUACUAAUCAGACUUCAUCGAUCGCUCAGUAGAACUCGCAGUUGUUGAAUAAAUAAGUUUUAUUACACUUUGAUCAAAUCGACAAACAA